UCUACACUCGCUGAGACUCUGUCUUAUAGGUGAUCGCUACUGGUCGUAUCUCCACUGCGCGGUAUUGUCUGCGACAGAAUACCCCGUCGUUUCCGAUCGGGCCAUAUUCAUGGCAAACUCAACAGCGGAAGCUGCGUAACAGUUCGAUUUGCGCGCUCCGUCGCUCCAUCUGUUUCGGGGUGAUAUGCGCUUGACAUUUUCAGGGAGCCCAUGGUGUUUGUACACCUGCUCAAACAUUAGCUCGGCGAAUUGUCUGGCGGUAUAGUACACCCGGCACGGCACCAGGUGCACCAUCCCGGUAAGAUGACACACAAUCACGGUGAUCGAAUUAAAUACGCUGUCUCGGUUCUUGGAGUUUGGCAAUGGUCCGACGAAAUCCACUCCUAUUGACUCCCAGGGUCUCUGUGGUAUCGAGAGUGGAUUAAGCAGUCCGUACGUAGGACUUCACAUCCUCUACCAGCGUCUUCCACCAGACGUGUUCUCGAAGGUAGUCCACUGUUUUUCGAGCGCCCAAAUGAGCCAGCACGGAGUGUGCCUCUGAGAUGACUAUUUCUCUCACGGACCGACCAUUGUACUCGAGUUGUGGGAUACAUAUAACCACAUGCUCCUUUUCCCUCAAGUAUAUGAUGCCUUCUUUCAAUUCAAAGUUCUUGUAGUCCUUUGGUCUGUCUACUAUACUUUUAAAGAAUUUAUCCUCAUGGAAGCGGUUACGGAUGAACCCUUCCAGAUCCAGGCCAUCAUGGCCUUGGCUUAUCACCGGGAUUAGCGAUGUGUCCGGUUCGUCAGGUUGAUAACU